AUGGGUCCAUCGCCAGCAGUAAGUUCUCUUUCAAUCGCGUAUGAGAUGACCACUAACAUCAAUCAGACACCAGCACCCUCUCGGUUCCUGCUCUCAAAACGACCAGGCACACAUCAACCUCACGGCCGAACACCAAACCAGUCAAGCUCGGCUGCACCUUAUAGAUUCUACGGCACUCCAAAAUUUUCAUCUACCACAAAACCGCUCUCGCAUCUCAGCCAUGCCGCGCCCUACUCAACUCCUGCGUUGGCUCUCAAGGCCAAGGCAUCGAGAGCUCGCGCUACACAAGAACUUCUUAUAGAAGAUAGUUCUCCCGUUCAAGAUCAGGAGCGUAGUCGACAUGAUGAAGAGGAGCCGUCACCAUCAAGAACAACUGCUGUCCGAGACAACUUACCAGAAACAAUCGACAUAGACUCGUCUCUUGUCCCACAGUCUUCUCUCCCAGAGCCAGGGGACAAUGACGAGGAGGUUGACCCCGGCCCCUUACCAAAAAGGAGAAGAAUAUCCAUUGCCACAUCAGAGCCCGACCUCGAACCAAAGGAAGAAUGGAUUCCAAGCUCUGCCUUUCCGAUCGACUCGGACUCAGACAAUGAGCUACCCCCAAACGAUGACCCAGAAAUCGACCACAUCAUCACCAUCUACUCUGAUGACGAUGAUGACGAACCCCCAAUACCUCACUCUUCCCCUCUGAACAUAAAAUCCGACAGCGAGUCCGACUCAGAAGCUAAACCACCGCCAGACAAAGACACCAGACCUGCAAGGAAAGAAAUCUUUUACCCACCACCUCGCUUUUUGCAACCCCUAUCACCACCAACAUCCACCUCGCCUAUUUCCGACUCGAAGAAGUUUUCCAUCCAGAACAUAAAUCCUGAUCUCUUUUCUCCACCCAAACCUCGCCGGGGCCGCAAUCGUCGGGGGCAGGGCCAGUAUCUCACCAAUGGAUUGGCGGCUGAACUCCAAAAUUGGCUUAUUGAGGUGAAAAAAACAUCAGAAUAUACAGACACCCCUGUCAAACAAGAGGCCGACGCGCCACAACCAUUACCACCAGGGGCAGUCCAACUAACUGUGGAGGAUGUAAAGAGAGGAGGGGAGGGGUUAAGUCUCAUCAGUGCGGCUUUACCUAACGCGCGAGUAGGAACACCUGGUAUGCAAGCUGUUUUGGCUGGUGAUGGGAGGAUAGGCUCCUUGGAAAGAGUUGAUCAUGGUCUAGAUCGGCGCAGUACGGAUAAAAGAAACGGACAGGAGCGUCUAGCUGUUGGGACGGUGGUGGCCGUUGUGCCGCCUGCUUGGGACGUUGAACUAGAGGGUGGGCUGGGGAGGUGGGCGGUUGCAUAUCGGUGGCAGGUUGUCAAGGACGCACCAGAACCGCAAGUGCCCGAGAAACAGCCAGAACCACCAGCACAACCAGUACCAGAGCCACUACCAGAACAACAUGUGGAGGAACAACACAUCAAAGUGGAAGAGUAA